UUAAAAGUGUAGAUUUUUAAAUUGAAAAAAUAUCUGUCUUGUUACCAUUUUGAUAAUUACGUUAAAGAACCCAUGUAUUUUGGUAAAAAUGGAGAAUGCACUAAUAGAUGAAACAAAUAUACCGGUUGAAAUUACCGAAUUAAGAGAUUCUGAGUCUGCUGACGAGUUUCAAAAGUUUAUUCACAAUCUAUUUGAAAACAACGGUGUUUUGAAUGAUCUAAGAGCUUAUUUGCGAGGGCAUAUCGUUAAUGUUUUACAAAAGGCCGAAAAAGGUGAGUCAUUAUGCCAGAAGAAUUUCACCCAGCGCUUAGAACUUACAUUUCAAGCUAUGAAUAUUCUCAUUGCUGAAUAUUUACUUAGAUUGGAAUUUAAGUAUACUCUUUCAGUAUUCACAUCAGAAAUACCAUUAUCGAAUAUGGUUUUUAAAUUUGCCAAUGCUCUUUUAAAAUCAACGGAUUCUGCUUUAUCAGGACUGAGGUUCGGAGAAAAUGACAUUUGGAGUAUUCUAAAUUACUUAGGUAUAAAAUGUGACUCAGAGCAUGCAUCUAAAAUUGUUGAAGUUUACAAGAACCAAGCAGACUCUUCACUUUUGUGGUGUAUACUCAAAUGUAUACCAAUGUACCAAAAACCUAAGCAUCCAAAAGUGAAUUCAUCAGAGGAGAGCCAGUCAUGUAGUGCUAAGAGUGAUGACUCGCUUGAAAAUAUAGCAAACAAUCCACACACUGGUGGAAGUAAUAAAUGCGAACAUUUCACAUUUUGUAAAUCGUGUCAGAGCAGAGUUUCGAGAUUGCGAGAGAAAUAUAAAAGGAAGAAAAUCAAAGUCGAUGAGAAUUCAAAAAGUAUGGAAGUGAAUAAUCUGAAUGUUCCGACAUUUAUGCAAAAUAUCGGUAUUCUCGAGAAGUCUAUGAUCGAUGAGAUGUUCCAGCAGUUAAAGACCGUUUACGACGCGGAAAUGGAUAUGAUCAGAGAUGAAAAAGAGAAGAAAAUAAAACGUUCGAUAGCAAAUCACGCGUUACAGUUGCAGAAGUACCGAGAAGAGUUGGAGCAGUCGUUCUGUGCGCGUCGCUCGGAGCUGACGCACAACGCACAGCGCAGACAGCGCUUCCUGUGCGAACUGGCGAGGAGACUUGCGCUCGCGCAGAAGCACCUCGCCCAGGAGGAAGAAAAAUUAAAGAUUCAAAUGCAAGAGGCAGAGAAAACCCUCGUAAAGAAAGGCGAAGAAAUGCGACAUCAAAUAUCAGACGAGCUGGCCAUAUUACAAUCUCAUUUAGAAACAGUAAAAAGAGAAAGAGAAGAUAUAAACAGAGAAAGAAUGGAGUUGGAUAAUCUUAAGCAAAUAUACAACAAUAUUAAUAUAUUAAAAGAAAGAAAUAGCAAAGAAAAUGAAGACAUAAUAUCGAAUUAUAAUUUAUUAAGGGAUGAAGUCGUCACGCUGAGAAAAUACAUAGAAGCAAAUAAAUUAUCGACUUGUUUGGUCGAGAGGGGGACGGUGACGGAUUUCGGUGAUGGGGCGAAGAGUAUGAUGAACAACGAGAAUGCGGGUGGGUGUAUAAGUGAUGAUGAAAGGCUCAAGGUCAACCAGGUUGUGAAUGAUUUGAAGAAGCGAAAGAACGUUAACUUUAACCAGUCGAACAUCGAGGAUCCUUGUGGAGAAGUAAAUCGUCAGCGCAGUUCCAUGAGCACGGACAUCAGGUCGGAGAUAGACAAUGUAACCAUACAGCAGCUCAGAGACGAAAACGAGAGACUGAAAAUAUUUUCCAGACAGAGUUCAGAACAGAACAGAAUAAAAAAGGAAGUCGUCCCGCAGCAGGCGCAGCUCAUCGGGAGGCUGGCCCGCGAGCGCCCGCGCGCGCCGCUCAGAGUGGAUCGAGUUCCAGACGAGCUCGGCGUUCAGUCCCGAGUUCUUGUCCCGGGCGAUACCGUACCGUUUAUAGGAGUCGUGGGGAACCGGCAACGCGAUGAUAACAGACGCGUCCUGAACCAGUGGCGGAGCCUGAGCCGGCAGCCGGUCGCCGACAUACACGUUCAACCCAAUACGAGUACGAUUAUUACAGAAAAUACCGAAGUUUCAAGUAAAGGACAGACAGAAGAAAAGUCACAACACGAUGUUUGUGAGAAAACUUCAUUAUUCAAGGUGGCCAGUCCUGUCAACAGUAAAAUACAGGAGAAGAGCUCUAAGUCAGUUACAAAGGAAGCGAAACAGACAUUACGAGAUAAAACCGUUCUCUCGUCAGCGGUCAGCGAUAAAAGUUCCGACGCUACAAUUCGAGAAGCAAAACUUCGUUUACGAAAAUUAGAAAUAGAAGCGGAAGCUGUGGAGAAAUCUUAUCUAGAUUACAGGAUAAGACAGACAGAGUUGAGUAAGGAGAGAACUAACUCAAUUCUUGAUGAUGUGAAAAAAAUAGGUACAAAGAAAACAAAUUCUCUAGAAAAACUAGAUGCAAAUUCUAAUAUUAGUGACAAGUUUGUCUACAAAGGUUCCCCAGAAGCAAUAAAAAAAGAUUUUGAUAAAUAUUUCAAGGAAUAUCAAAGAACAAAUGACAAAAAAUCGCACAUACAAAACGUAUAUUCUGUCAUUGAAAAAAUUAAACCGAUUCCUGAAUAUUAUUUACACAAAAAUGAGAACGAAAGUAACAACAUCAAUUACUUAGAAACUCCUUUGAUGGAAUUUAGAAAAUUAUAUCAAUCUCAAAAGCCUAAGAUAAAUAAGUUAAAUAAUUAUAAUCAUUUGAAUACCGAAAUGGAUACAAGUGAACAAGCAAUUACUCCAAAUGUCAAAAAGGUAACAAGUGAUACACAGACUGAUUCAAAUAUACAACCCGAAAAUAGCGAUGAAAAUGUCGAUACUCAUAAAGCUAAUUUACCUUUUGGAAAUGAAAUAGAUAUUCCAAAAAAUAUCAAUGAAAAGCAAAUUAAAAUAUUAGAAGACAAUUUUGAUAAUAAACAAAACUUGCAAGAAUUAUAUACUGAUAAUAUAGAAGAUUUUGAACACGAAACAUUUAAAGUUAACGAAACUAAACUACCUCUUAAAAUUGAUAACCAAAAACCUGAGGCAGGUGAAAAAAAUAAAACACACGACGAAGUUGUAAUUGAAAUGAAUGAGCAUAAAUCUAACGUAGAAGUAGAAAAGGAAAAUUUUGUCAAAGCAAUCGAGAUAAUUGAGCAAAAAACUAACAAAGAAAUAGAACACGAAGAAAUAAAGAAAGAAAUAAAAAAUCUGCUCAUGGUUGAAGUUGAAAACGUAUGCGCUUCAACCAAUAUUAAGGUUACAGAAUCUGACCAAGACUUAUUAGUCGUUGUCCAAAGUUCAGUUGACAGCAAAGAAUUAGGCCUGCCUGAAAUUGACAAAGAACAAAUUUCAACCCAAAUGACUAUAUUGGUAAGUCCUAAAAGCGAUAUCAGAGAAGUUGAGGAUAAAACGAAUAAUUUAUCUCCGGAAAUUACAAAAUUGAGAGACAAUGAUGCGCUAAAUUCCAUAUAUCACACUGAUGUUAAUCUAAUGUCUAGUACUGAUAUGCCGUUAGAUUUAAAUAAGAUAGAUUUCAUUGGUGAUAUUGAAAGAGGCAGUCCAGAUUAUCCCGAUGACUUUUCAGCUGACGUCGAUAACUACAACAGUCAGUCCGACUACGGCAAAAACUCCCCUAUAUCCCUUCCGAAAACAUCCGAAGACGAUAGUUUUUGGGACUAAUAAAUUAAAAAUUAAACACU